AUGUUUAACAUUUCUAUAGAUGGAGGUUCAUUCUCUAAAAACUUGGAGGACUUCGACUCUAUCCGCAGUGUUCUCCUUUACAGUGACUUGGAACCAGAAUGGCUGGAUGACAUUCAGAAGAAUGGCGAGCUUUUCUACCUGGAGCUGAGUGAGGGCGAAGAGGAGGCUGCACUGGCCCAGGUGAAUGCCAAUCAAGGUGUGUCCACUAAUCACGUCCGCUUUAGCGAAAACGAAGCAGAGAUCAUCACAGAGCAAAAGAAGAAGCAGCGGUGCGGUUCACGGACAAAAGGCGAGCCCGCCCUUAAGAGGCUAGCCAGGAUCUUGAGGAGGAAACGCCGGCCGUCUCAGCGUAGAGGAGGAGGGAAGGAUGGGGGUAAAGACAACUCGACUUUAUCACCACCAGCAUCCAUCCUGAAGAACCAACCAGGCCAAAAGCAGGGUGUGACUGUUCAGCAGCAGCAGCUGAAGGAAGUAUGUGUCUACCUCAACCCUAAACGUCUUGGAGGUUCAUCAACACCUCUCUCUGACAGUGGAGGCCUAUUGGAGGCUCUGCUCGGUGUGGUACAUCGUCCCUCAUGGAGCAGAGGACAGGGAGACCCUACAGUUGUCAGACACGAGGAAAGACUGACUGUUCAUGGAUUAAUACCCAACAGCCCAGCCAUCAAAUGUGGCCAAAUCCUAAUUGGUGACGUGCUUGUAGCAGUGGACGAUGUGGACGUGACCACAGAAAACAUUGAGAGGGUUCUGUCCUGCAUCCCAGGACCAACACAGGUGAGGUUGACCUUGGAGACAGUGGCUCCGGUGGACGGCAGCAAUGCUAGUGACACUUCAUCAACCCGUAAGACAAAGGCCUCUCCGCCAGUCAGCCAGCUGGUGCGUCUGCUGUGGGGCGAGGACACCGCAGAACUCCAGAUGUCCAUAGGACACAUCCCGCAUAUUGUCAUGUACCUGUCGCUUAAACUGGACUCAGCAUCGCCACAGGAGGAGGAGGAGAUCUUGUACCAGUACCCUGUGUCUGAAGCAUCCAGCCAGCUGAAAGGAGUGAGAGGGAUCUUCCUCACUCUGUGUGACAUGCUGGAGAAUGUCACAGGAGGGAGGAUCAUCAGUUCAUCUCUCCUGCUCGGGAAACAUCUGGUUCAUGUGGGCUACUGGAAGGAAAGCAACAACCUGUUGGUCGUUGGCCUUCCUGCUGAGAGGGUUCCACUGCUGUAUCUGCAGACGGUGGUGGGAGACGUAGUCCGGACACUAAAAGUGAUGUACGGCUCUUUAGAAAGUGCGUUCUCUAAGGCGGACCACGCUCCCAGGUUGGACCAUUUCUUCUGCCUGUUCUUCCAGCAGCUGAUCCAGCCGUCCCGUCUGAGGGACGGCUCCUCAGCCCCGCCCCCCGACGUCUCAGGGACCCUUUUCCUCGACGGACUGCCAGCGGUCCGUUGGCUCACGCUGCCUCCGGAAAUCAAGAUGGAGGUGGAUACUGUUCUUUCUGAUUUUGAGUCUUCUGAUUUUGGCGAAAUGUCAGAGGACUUUUUUGGCCUGAGGCGUCUGUAUGUUAUUCUUGGCUCCUGUUUGUUCUACAAGUCCUACCUGAUCGCCAACCAUCUGCCUAAAGAGGACCUGCUGGAUGUGUGCCUGUACUGCCAGCACUACUGUCUGCUGCCGCUGGCGUCCGAGCAGCGCGUGGGUCAGCUGGUCAUCUGGAGGGAGGUGUUUCCCCAGCAGAGAGCUAACGGCAGCAGCGACAGCACUACGCCGGGCUACAGCCAGCCACAGGGACGACACUUCCUCCUCAUAGUGGGGCUGAGGCACUUCAUGCAGUGUGUGCUGUUAGAAGCAGGCGGAUGUGCUUCACCAGCUUUGGGCUCUCCAGGACCAGACUGUGUUUACGUGGAUCAGGUGAAGGCCACGCUGCUGCAGCUGGAGGUGUUGGAGGCAGGUAUCCAGGAGCGUCUGAAUGCUCCGCCUGCUCCUUGCCUCUCCUGUGCCGACUGGUUCCUCCCUGCUUCCACCGCCCGUGACCGUCUGGACAGCCUGGCCUCUUCCUCCCCCGUUCUCAGUAAACUAGCCGGGGCAGUGAAAGGCUCCUCGUCAGGGUCCAGAGGCCGCAGCCUGUUUGGGGAGAAGUCCCGCAGGUCCAGCCCGCAGAGGAGUUUAUCGGACAGCGGGAGUGAGGGACAGAUGGAUGCUGGGUCAGGGUCCAGUUCGUCAAUGGCUCCAGGCUUCAGUCCACAUUCCACCCCGGACUCAGGGAGGAAGCUCGGGGGGCGACGGGAUUCUCUGGGAUCUGGAGGGUCUGAUGGAAGUGGAGGCAGCGGAGGCCUCUUCAAGAUUCCCCGGAUGAAGCACCCGAACCCGUUCUACCUUGGUACCCUAAAGAAGACCCUGACUGAGAAGGAGACGGAGGAGAUGUAUAAUACCAUGAAACUAACCUCAGGUGCUGAGAACACCUUGUUCCACUACGUCCUGAUGGAAACUGUUCAGGGAAUCUUCAUCGCUCCUACUCACAGAGAAGUGGCUCAGCUCAGCGGCUCCAUUCACCCACAGCUCAUCCGCAACUUCCACCACUGCUGCCUCUCCAUACGGGCUGCGUUCCAGCAGAGCCUGCCAGCCAGGGGUCGUCGGGCAGCAGACAGGCCUCAGGGUGGGGGUUGGGGUCUGGGGCCCGUGAAGGAACACGGGGUCCUGUUCCAGUGUAAACCGGAGAACUGGACCGACCAGAGGAAACCUGCUCCCACCAUGACUUACUGGGUCAUAGGACGGAUGUUGCUGGAGCCCGUCCCUCAGGAAUUUUACGUCUGUUUUCAUGACUCAGUGGCAGAGGUUCCUGUGGAGAUGGCCUUCAGACUCUCCUUCGGCCUGGCCUUGUGAUGCGUCAUCUAUCUUUAGAUUAAAGUGACAAGGAGAUUUGUUGAUAUAAUGAAGCAUCAGUUGCAUUCUCAGGAAAACGCCUCCGACUGUGGUGCUUGUGGAAAGCACCUGAGAGGGAACACGUGGGAACUUUAUGCUGGUUUCUGUGGGAUAAUGUAAAAUGGGUCUACGUGUAGUCUGACUCUUCCAACGUGCCUCCAUUUUACAGAUGACUUUCUGCAGAUAACAGCAGAGCAUGACCGUGGCCUUACAGCAGUGAUAAGCAAAUAGCAGGCCAGCUGCUGGUUUCAAGUUCAAACCAGGACGUUUUUGUGCCUUGUUGUUCAACCAGGUAACAUGUUCCACAUCAAAAGCAGUUCUGGGCUGAACAGAGAUGUUUGUGUUUAUGAAAAGCCACUCAAUCAGUGAAUACCUCAGACAUGUUGGUGUAAACCUCUGAUAAGAGCAGACAAGGCCUUCUAGUGAGCGCAGUCGCCCUGACAGUUUGCUGCCUCUGAGUUUACAAAGCUGGACCAAUAAAAAAUAUGCUGCUGCACACAUCUCCAACAAAGCAAAUAAGGCUAUAUUGAUAUUUUCACAAAUUAUAUGCAGUGUUGGGAAGGAGUUUCAUUUAUUAAUUUAAGUAUGUUUGUAUAGUUUUGUAUGGAAAUGGUUUCAUUUGUUACCAAAAUGAACAUUGUUUGAGAUUAAAAAACAUUUUUCAUUCUCCAGUCUUUCAAACUAAUCUGUCUGUCAU